AUGACCCCAAAACAAACCAACGUCGAACCAUCGGAUGAGCCGUGGCUUGCCUUGCGACGAAGACACGACACUGAACUCAACAAUCUCCAACUACAAGCUAGAAAUUUGUACGAACAAUUCCAACAGAAUGCAAACAAGGCGAAAGCGGAUCUUCUCGCCAAACAUAAGAAGGAAGAGGAAGAGUUCUGGAGUAAGGCGAAGGCGGCAGGCAAGGACAAGAACAAGAGUGGAAAUAGUUCUGUAGUGUUCAAGGCGGGUGUUCAGGGUCAAGUCAAUCGUCGGGUAGUCGCACUACCACCUCCAAACCCUACUCCUGAAGUCAGACAGACACCAGCAGCAAUCUCAAGAGCGCCACAGACACCUACGUCAGCAUAUAACACAACGACCCUAGCACGCCAAAACAGGAAAAACAGCGCCGCCGUCACGAUUAUCGAUCUUUGCUCCGACGAUGAUGAACUAGUACAAGAGCAGAAGAAGCCAGGCCUACCGCCAGUUACGAAUGAUAUCACGUUGAGUUCGCACUCGAGCAAAAACAUCGAGCCAGCUGGCAGGCGUGAGUAUUCAAUUUCGUCUGCAAGUUUCGAGUUGUUUGGAAGAAGCGCAAACCGAAAUCAGGGCGUGCCAGAGUCAUCACAGUUCAAGCGUGAACAUAGCGUAUCUACUCAACAGUUCCCACAACCAUCUACACCAUUGCCCACCACCUCAAAUCGUGGUUCGACAACUGCCUUUCCGACACAGCAGAGCUCGACAUCUAAGGGGGAUGGCUUCGGCGAUUGGGCUUCAGCGGGUACGUUCCGCAUGCCAGCUGCUCAGGCACAAGACUCUCGUCAGGGAAGUGCUUCGGCUUUCGGUACCAUACCAGCAUCAGCCACUUCUACGUGGGCUGCUCCUACGAUAUCUGCUUCACAGGACUUACGGUUGUUGAUCGACUUUGCUCCUUCAAGGCUUUCCGGCUGUCAGCUAAGCCAGUCGUCAAUAGCCCAAGGAUCAACUUUGCACGGGCGUCCACUGGACUACGGUGGUACCUCGAACGGCUCAAUUGCAAUAUCACAAGACAGACACAUUCCCGAAAUGCUUCCAUCGCCAUCACCGUCCCCUCCCACCCUAAUCAUAGAGCCAUUUACUCCCACCAUUCCCGGCUUCAGGAGACCUGUCCUUCCGGCCAGCGCCACGAAAGACAGCAUACCGGCUGCAAGGAAUGUUCGUGCUGGCUCACAAGCCACAGCUUCGACAUAUCGUGCCUCUAGCAUCACACAGAAUCAACCUGAUUCAUCUGUCACAUCUCGAACGUCUGUGUCUUCGCACUCAAGUGUGGCGAGAGGCAAGCGAAAGGUAGUCGACUUAAGUAGCGACGAGGAGAGCGACUAUUCCCCACCAUCUGAUGAAGAUGAUGAGCCUAAGUUUCCUAUGACUACGGAUGAGGUGUGCAAUAGUACAAAGAGUAACACGAAGAAGCCUGGCCCGACGGCAAAGAAGGCUAAACUGCCUCCACCGCUACCGCCAGCUAUAGCCUCAAAAAGUGUGUUCAGCAAGGGAAAGAACGGCUUUGGCUUCCAGCCCACGUCGAAACCGAAAUCCAACCAAGCAGCGUUCUCGUUACCAAACCCACCGCCCCGUGCGCCGGUCAAGAAGCCUCAAUCAUCUGCAUCAUCUACACCAGCUACACGAACACCUGCUUUCAACAACGAAGCCGACUUGGAAGCCCGCACCAACAUCGCCAUUGACGAAGCAAAUGAGUACGAGGCGCCUGAAGCCGGUGUUGUUGAGCAAGUCAGAGGCAGCUUGCGAAGCAUGUCCAUUACUCCGGCACCUAGCACUGCCGAAGACCACGUGAACGCUACAGAAGACGUGGAGAUACUAGCCGUCGUUUCAGACUCUGGGAGCACCAUAGCGGUACAAAGCACGAAACACGGUGCGGGGUGGAACUCAUGGACUCACCGUCGCGCCAACGGCGAUAGGAACCUCGCCAAAUCACGUUCCAGUCGACCGCUAGUGCGGGAUGACGAAGAAGAUGACGACUAUGAAGAUCCGGAUAUCAGUAAGUACAGCAUCAUCGACGGCACGAUUGUGCAUGAGGCGGAUCUAGAAAGAACGAGACUGACGCAAGAGCAGGACAGGCGGAAUCAUAUGAUAUCAAGAGAGACGGACAGUGGCGGUCGCACACGCAGUGAGCGUGGUUGA